AUGAAUAGUACAAUAGCAAAUUUAUCUACGGAUGAUUUAUGUCGUGCUCGUGAAGAAUUAUGGACAAAUUUACAAAAUAUUGAUACACGUCUAAAACAAACCUAUGUUCCACCACAAUUUCGUAUAACAACAUCAUCAACUAAUAAUCAACGUACAUUUUCAACAAAUGGUCAUCAAACAACAUCAUCAAAUGUAAAACGUUCUCGUAUACCAUCAUCAUCAUAUGAUGAACAUAAUACAUCUUUACCAGACACCACUUUUGAUGAAUCAUCAUCAAAAUCUCUUCAUUCAUCUAUUGUACCAACAAAUAAAAUAAUAAAAACUAAAGAUGAUCUUAUAUCACUUGUUAAUCGUGAUCAACAAUCAACUGUACGUAAUCGUCGUAUGUUUGGAGUAUUAUUAGGUACAUUAAAUAAAUUUAAAGCUGAAGCUAAUGCUUAUAAUGAACAAACACUUGGAAUAAAACGACAAGAAAUUGAACGACGUUUAGAAGAAAAACAAACAAAAGAACGUGAAGAUAAACAACAUGAACGUACAGAAUUAUUAGCAUCGAAAAAAACUUGUCAACAAAAAUUAAAAUUAGUUAAUAUUAAAAUUGAAAUCAUGCAACGUAUGGCAACACAUGAAAAACUUCAUUUACCAUUAAGAAAUUUUAUUCGUACGAAAGCUAAACCUUAUAUUUUUUAUUUACCUAAAGGUUCAAUUGAUGAAGUAUUUGAAAAAAAACUUCAAGAAAGUCAAAUUGAAAUUGACAAAGAAAUGGAAGAAUUUAAACGAGAUUGUCAACGUGAAUUAGAUUUACUUGAUGAUACAACAACUAUAAAUGAUGAUGAAACAAUAGAUAGUAAAAAAAGAAAAUUAAGUGAACAUGAUGAUGAUAAUGAUGUUGUUGAUGAUGAUGAUACAUUAGCUGAUUUACCUGAUGAAAUAACUUUAUCUGCACCAGAAGUAAAAAGUGAAAUUGUUAAUACAACAAUAAAUCCUAUUGUUGAACAAUCAAAUAAUAAUAAUAAUAGUCCAUCAGUACCAACAAGAACAACACGUACAGUUAUUUAUGAUGAAAUAAAAACAACAAAUCAACAGGAUGAUCAAUCAAUGUUUGAUGAAUAA